UUGGGGAUGCCCUGUACAUGGGUACACGGUGCUGGAUGUAGGGGUGCAAGGGCUGGGGGUGCUGAGCAUGAGGGUGCAGGGUCUGUGUGUGCAGGUCACAUGGAUGCAAAACUUGGGGUGCCAGCAGGGUCCCUUCCACCCUGACACCAUCCAGGGCCCUCCAGAAGCACUAAUGGAGAAGGACAUCAACGGCUGCCAGGAUGGGGCCAAGACAGAGCCAAGCACCAGGCUGGGCACCGAGGGGACGGAGACACAGCUGGACGAUUUUGUGGGUCCUCACCCUGACUACAAUGAGGAGGAAGAAGAGCAGAAGUACUUUCGCCGCAAACGCCUCGGUGUCAUCAAGAACGUGGUGGCUGCCAGCCUGGCUGGCACCCUCACUUACAGCGUCUACCUGGGUCUGCUGCAGAUGCAGCUGAUCCUUCACUAUGACGAGACCUACCGGGAGGUGAAGUACAGCAAUAUCCGGUUGGAGGACAUCGACCGCAAGGUGCUGAUGGGCAUCAACGUCACACCCGUGGCAGCGCUGCUCUACACACCCAUCCUCAUCAGGUUCUUUGGCACCAAGUGGGCCAUGUUCCUGGCGAUUGGCAUCUACGCCCUCUUCGUCUCCAGCAACUACUGGGAGCGCUACUACACGCUGGUGCCCUCUGCGGUGGCCAUUGGCAUGGUGAUCGUGCCCCUCUGGGCCUCCAUGGGCACCUACAUCAUGCGGAUGGCCCAGAAGUACUACGAGUACGUUAACUACAAGGAGGAGCAGGAGAAGGAGAGGCAACGAGCACCACGGGAUGCCUGCAAUGCCUACAUCAUCGUCUUCCAGACCAUCUUCUACUCCUGCUUCCACUUGAGCUUCGUCUGCGCUCAGAUGCCCAUGGUCUUCUUCCUCAACAACUACCUCUACCAACUCAACCACACGCUCUUUGCAGUGAAGCAUUGUGGGACCCUGAGCCACGGCACACUGCCUGGUUUCAACAAGACGGUGCUGCAGAGCCUUCCCCGCAGCGUCAACCUCAUCAUCGUGGAGAGCGCCUUGAUGGCCGCCGCCUUCCUCGCCAUGCUGGUGGUGAGUGCCGGGGCGGAAGGGGACAGGGAUGGGCUGGACGAUGGCAGGACCUCACCUGCUGGCACUCUGCAGGUGCUGGUGCUGUGCGGCGCAGCGUACCGGCCCAUGGAGGAGAUCGACAUGCGCAGCAUCGGCUGGGGCAACAUCUUCCAGCUGCCCUUCAAGCACAUGCGGGACUAUCGCCUGCGGCACCUCUUCCCACUGUUCAUCUACAGCGGCUUCGAGGUGCUCUUUGUCUGCACUGGAUUUUCCCUGGUAGGAUCUGUGACGGGGUGGGAGGUGACGGAGCGGGGACAGGUGACACUGAGCCGGUGCUCGCUGCAGAACUACGGCGUGUGUGCCCUCGGGCUGGAGAGGCUGGCGUAUCUGCUCAUGGCCUACGGCUUCUCCGCCUCGGUGUGCUCCAGCCUGGCCCUGUGCAUGCUGCGCCUGCGCCGGCACAUCCCGCUCCUGGCUGGAGCCCUCAUCCAUGCUGUGCUCCUGGUGACACUCUUCUGCUGGGCCCCAGAGCCCCGGUGCCUGGCACAGGCACCGCUGCUCUACAGCAUUGCCGUGCUCUGGGGCACGGGCAGCGCCCUCAACAAGACUGGAAUCAGCAUCCUCCUGGGGAUGCUGUACAAGAAAAAGGAGCGCCAAGACUUCAUCUUCACCAUCUACCACUGGUGGCAGGCCCUGGCUAUCUUCACCGUCUACCUGUGGUCGGGGCUGCCCAUGAAGGCCAAGCUGUCCAUCAUGCUGCUGACGCUGGUGGUGGCGGUGGGGACAUACCUGUGGAUGGAGCAGAAGGUGGCGUGGAACAUGGAAGUCCGGCUGCCCCGCAUCCCACGCCCACGCCACAAAACACGUGGAUACCGCUACCUGGAGGACAACUCGGAUGAGACUGGCUCUGACGGUGACGGGGACAAGGAGGAUGAUGACAGGCACCCAACUGAGGCCACCACAGAGGACGAGCUGCCAAAAGAGGACAGGGAGCUGCUGGGAUAGAGACAGCCUGUUCUGGGCCCCAUCCUGCUCUUGGUACCUGAGGGGGUUCUACAGCUCCCCCUGGGUGGGCCCAAAAUUCUGCAAACCCCCUCAGGUCAGGCUUGCAGCCCCCUGAGCUAAGCCUAAAGCCCCCAGGCAGCCCAAAUCCACCCACAUUGCCUGACAGACCCCCACACCAGCCCAUGGAUCCCCUAGGUCAGGUCCAGAGCCUCCAGAUUGAUCUACAGCACCCAAAUUGUGGUACAGCCCCCAGGCAGGCCCAUAGCCCCUCAAAUUAUGAUGUAGUUGCUCAGGUCAGACCUGCAGGCCCCCAUGCCAGCCCCCACACACAAAUCCACAGCCCCUCAUACAAGGCUCACGCCCCCCAGGCAGACCCACAGCUCCCUCAAAUUUGGCCAAAUCCCCCCUACCCCCAGGUGAGGCCCAUAGACCCCUGGGCAGAUGCACAAACCCUCUAGCAAGGCUUGCAGCCCCCCACAAUGUCCUGCAGACCCCAGGCAGACCCCAAGCCCUCCCCUAUUAGCCAUUAGCAUCCAGACCCCGCGGGGCUACCCUGGAGCCCCCAGGCAGAUUGACCCCCUCUGGAUCCCAGAGCCCUCCAGACCAGACCCACAUGCGCCCCAGGCAGACCCUGCAGCCCCUCCUGGGUCGUCACGGAGCCCUUCAAGCUCAGCCUGCAGCACCCCAGGCCGGUCCCGCAGCCUUCCCGACCUAUCCCAUCCCCAUUUUCCUUCAAUAAACCCCCUCCCUUCGUGCCCUUGGCCCUCACCUCCUCCAUCCUCCGGCCGCGCACCCUCACCGUC